GUCUCGUGUGAAAUGAUCGCAUGUUCAAUCCACGUUGCGUGUGUGUUGAUUUGAUGUGUAGCAGGUAUGACCAUAGUGUACUAGGCAUCGUGCAGUGGGUUUAGGAUAGAAAUUAGAAUCAAAAGCGAUUGCGGCGCUCGACUUGUCGCACGGAAGCUUGUGUCACGCCGAAAAUCACCGUUUAACAUCUGUGAUCAGAGCGACGAUACAGCCACCGUCAACUUAAAAACUUGACUCAACUAUGUCAACGUGACACCAAUGUUCCAACCAUCAGCAACACACAUCGCUUUUUCUGUCGCAUGCCACCACUAUUUUCUUCAUUUCUGUUAGUGUUACCGCUGGAUAUCCUGUCGUUACUUUAGCGAGAACGCCAAAGUACAACGACCGACUACACUCAAUUGUCGUGUUAUUGAAAUUGGGAAGUCGUUGGUGUGCCAACCCAACACUUCACUUUUGGUGUCCCAGAUUGACGGUGUAUCUCGCAGGUUCGAGCCCGUCUUUACUUGGGAUAACUGCAGGUGUUGAAGCACCACUUCAGUCAAGGUAAAAAGAAGAUUUCAACCAUGAUGAUGUAUCAUCACCAACAACACAGCCACGAGGCAGACUCCACAUCGAUGGUAGUCCCGGACCUCGCCGUUUUGGAACCCGCUCACCAUAAGAUGAAUCAAUAUCACCACAUCCAACAUCACCAUCACCACCAUUCCCAUCCACAACAGCAUCAUCACCAAGUACAGAGUGUCUUCAGACCGGGCAAGCCCAGACCAAGAGCACUGGAUAUGAUUAAGCUUUUUAAGCAGGCGGGCUGCCCAAGCGACUUGCCGCCCAAGGAGUUAGAGCGGUACAACAGAAUGGUCGACGUGGCAGAGGGGGUCAGCACAGUUAAGACAGAGCCCAACGCUCAGGAAGUUCCUACCGGAUUCGACUUGCCAGACGAACUUUCAGGAAGUCCUGUCGAUUUGCACCCGGCCGUGCCGCCCCCAACACCGGGCACCAAUGCGUUGAUGAAUGCAUGUCUGCGAGAAAGCUUCAGUAGUUUCCACAAGGAGCAAGACAGACUCGGCAUCUCAAGAGAUCCAACACAAUGGACCGAGUGCCAAGUGGUCGCGUGGGUCCUGUGGGCCAUUAAAGAGUUCAGCCUGGAGGGCGUCUCGGUGGCUAACUUCCGCAUCGCGGGUCAUGACCUCUGCGCGUUGGAGAAGGUCGACUUCCUGAGUAGAGCGCCCCCGUUCAUGGGGGACAUACUAUGGGAACACAUUGACAUGCUCCGUAAGGAAUGUACAACCCCUCCGCCCCAGUCAGAGCCCCUCCCGACUGCCACAACAACAGCAACCACAACACAAGCAGACAUCAAAUUGGAGUCGGUGUACACGUCAAGCUGUAUGCCGCGAUUCGACGACUUUCUUGGACAAGCAUUCUCAGUGGAGCAACCGCAGGCGGUUCCCGUGGCAACGCCUCCGACCACUUUCAGCGAUGGCAUGUACCAGAUCUCGGAGUCGCUUCAGACGCUUAACGAGUUCAACGCUGAGGACAUUCUGAACAUAAAGCAGGAGGACCCCGGGAGUAGCUCGGACUACUACAGCCUCGAGCCCUCACCGAGCUCCGGUAACUAUCUGGAAGCUGCCACACCCGAGUUCUACAACAACCCUAUGAUAUUCGAUCCCAACACGUCGUACUUCCAGAACAACAACUACAGUAAAAAUCACUUCGGAGGUUUCGAUAACUUUGAGAAUACAAGUACAGGGUACCAACAGGUCCCCAUCUGCAAGACACUCUCCGAAAGCUGUACGAGUUCAGAACUCAAUGGACUCGUACGGAAUGUCACAAGAGCAAACUCUCCCUUAGAGACGCCAUCCAAUCCGGUCAUUCCCGCAGCUGUCCUUGCUGGUUACUCAGGGAGUGGUCCAAUCCAACUAUGGCAGUUCCUCCUUGAACUCCUCACCGACAGAACAUGUCAACACAUCAUCAGCUGGACCGGAGACGGCUGGGAGUUCAAACUGUCCGACCCAGACGAGGUUGCCAGACGAUGGGGCAAACGAAAGAACAAACCCAAGAUGAACUAUGAGAAACUCAGCCGUGGACUUCGCUACUACUACGACAAAAACAUCAUCCAUAAGACGGCAGGGAAACGCUACGUCUACCGUUUCGUCUGCGAUCUUCAGAGUCUUCUUGGGUACACGCCGGAGGAGUUGCACGAGAUGGUGGGCGUAAAUCCUGCACGGGACGACGAUUGAAUGGCGCCAUCGUGUGACCUGUUUAUAUCCAUUCCACGUAAACCUUGAUAAUGAUUUUUUUUUUUUCGUUUUGAAGUUAUAUUUUUUCUUAAAUGGUUAUCCCAAAUUGCUCUGAUGAGUGGUGCUUGCUUGUUGUCCGUUACAAGACUUUGUUUUGUGGUAGCGUGACUCUUGUCGUUUUUUUUGUUUUUUCGUCAUUCACUUGCGUGGAAGCGCUUGCCUGACGAAGUACUCCAUGUGUCUUGCUGGAAAGCCUAGGGCAAAGUUCCCUUAGUCCUGUAUUUUUGAUGUGUAACGAUAAUCACAUGUAAUUGGAUGUUGUGCGAUACCUUGCUGGGAAAACUUGUUUUUACGAAACUUGCCAUGAUUUCGUUUCUGUAUUUUUGGAUGUGACAUAAAAGAUAAGCUUGAAAUAAUGUAUCAGGACGUAUCAGUAUUUUUGUACAGACACUUUUCUGUUUGUUUAUAAACGUAUAACUCUACCUAUUACCAAAAUGUGCAUAUUUUGUGUGUUAAAAGCAAAAAGAAACGUUUACACGAAUGUAGCACAAUUGCGGUAUUGGAAAAUACCACUUUACACAAUGGGAGAAAAAACAAAGAAAAAUAUAUUUGUUUUCUACUACAGUUCUAUUUUUUAUACACUGACUUUUCAUCGCAAAGUGUGUGUUUUUAUUACCAAAUUUUUGAAGAUUUUGUCCGGAAACUUUGCCGAGGUAAAGGUUGAAGAGGUUUUUAUAUCGGUGUGGAUCACCCCCGGCUUGCGGAUGAAAUUUGGGAUUAAUGUUCCAGUUUGAGAAGUUUUUUUAACGAAGAAACUUCACAGUGAGUUGAUCGGGGUGGUGGAAGAGUCGAAUGCAGCAACUGAGUGGCUUGGAAGUACUGUAAUACUGUUCAUAACAAAAAACAGAAAACAGUUCGAAAGUUUUUACAGGGGCUGAUGUAAUUUCAGACUUUCUCUCUGAUUUCAGACCCGAGGUCUGAAAUUAUACGCAGGCCACGGUGUCCAAGGCCUUCGUUGCCCUGAUGGUCUCGGUCUUUAGUUCCCCUCUCAAGUUUCUAAUAUUCACCUUAAGAUUUCCAAAUGGAAGUGCCUUUUGCAAAAUAAAAAUGGCCUUGCCCUAUCAGCAUGUUCAAAUAUGAAAUUCCAGGCCUGAGACUGUCUAUUUGGUUUCAGGCUUGUUAUCCGAUUUCAAUCUGUUUAUCUGGUGUUAGAAUUUUUUAUCAACUUAAAAUGUGGCAUUCUUGGGUAAAUGUAUUACCCUUCUAUUCAAAUUUCAGACUUUUUAGACUUAAAAAAAAAAAUCAUGGUGCUCUUUU